AUAUUUUUCUUAUUGGUCACGAGCUGCUUGGUCGUAUCGGGAAACGAGGUUCCGCACAAAUAUGCGUAUUCCAUGGACAACCUGCAGACUACCGGCAAUUUGAAAAAACCAAUCUCUGCCGAAAACCGUGACUACGUGGGCAAACAAAUACAGAUGAAUGCGUUCAAAUCUAGCCCACAAACAGAUUUAGGUGCACAAGUAAAUCGUGAACCGGUAGUCAUGGCUUCAAAGACCGCCGACUCCAUCGAACCUGUCAUUUCGUUCUCACCCAAAUUCCAGCAUCACUCACAGUUUAUCAUGACUCCAGCACCAAUUUCGAUUGUCGACGAAUUAGGGCCUUCCGAUAUACUUACAAAUACCCCUAUGUUGAAAACACAAUUAGUGGACGAAAUCCAAGCGUCUUCUGAAUCGUUACCAGCGAACUUGAGCACUGUCGAAAUUGAACCUGUUUAUUUCAAUUCCGCCACUUCUAUGGCCGAUCCAAUGUCGCAAACUCGAUUAGCCAAUGAACCUACACUAUUAAACAUCGGUCGUUCUUUGCCUACACAAAUGUUACAAAAAGCCGAUUUCGCAUUUGAACCGGAAGUUUCACAUUCCAUAAAAUCAAUACCUUCCGAUAUAAGAUCACCGACUGAAUAUGAGCCCGUAUCCCCAGCACCGAUUCUCAGCGCUAUCAAUAUUAAACCUGCCUACUUUAUUUCCACCGCUCCUAUGGCCGAUUCAAUGUUGCAAACUCGAUUACCUGACAAACCUGCAAUGUUGAACAUCGCUAGUCCUUCGCUAUUGCCCACGCAAAUGUUACAAAAGACAGAUUUUGGAUCUGAAUCUCCAGCACUAUGGGAAUCCCGUUUUUCGAAUGCCCCGAUGCCGAUCACUCAGGAAACUGAUAACAUAAAAUACGAUGACAGUCCGAUCGAGCAGACCAAACUUGCAACUUUUCCAUCAAACGGUCUUUCGUAUAGCUCCCCUUUAAUCUAUAACAAAAUGGCUACGACUACAUUAAAAAGUCCUUCAAUUGACAUUUCAAAUCAGUACUCUGAUCCAAUUACAUCGUACAAAAUGCCAUUGUCCACCUUUUCGAAUCAACCGUUUGAUGGUAAAGUGAUGAUGACAGAUAAACUAGAUACAUCAUUUUCUCAAUACGCUCCGGCUGCUCCUGCCAAGUCCAUCGAAUUACUGCCAGCCGAAUUGAGAUUACAAACACCUUCCGAGUACGAACCCAUAUCUCCAGCACCGAUUCUGCGCACUGCCGAAAUCGAAAAUAACCCCUUCAUUACCGCUGCUCCUAUGGCCUCCACUCCUUUGUUAAAAAUCAGAUUAGCCAAAGAAUCAAAAUCAUUGAACGCUGCUCGUCGCCCGGUCGUAUCUAAGCAAAUGUUACAAAACAUCGGUUUCUCAUCAGCUGCUUUAUUCGAAACCCAUCUUGCGGACGAUUCGGUGCCGACCGUUUUAAAAACUCCAAAAUACAAUGUCAACCCGAUUGGACAGAAUAGAUUCGCAAUUUUGCCUAUGGAAAAUACCGAAUAUCAAUCCCAAUUCAUCACCCCCGAAUUAACUGCAGACACCACUAACAUGCAAUACGAUUCAGAUUCUGCCAUUCAAUCUCAAUAUGAUUCGGCUUCCAACAUCCAAUCUCAAUAUAAUUUAGCCUCGUCUACUUCUGCGGGACAUCAAUACUACUAGACCAAACUCAUGGCCACCUCUCCAGAAAUAUGUGGAAAUCAGAUUCCGUUCGGUGCUCUAACUGUUUUAAUUUUUUCCAACAUUGU